AUGGUGAAAAGCAGAUUUAUGGAACAAUCCACAAAUUUCCAUGGUUUGUCUAGGGACUUUAAGUUUAAAGUGGUCACUUCCUUUGAAGGGAGGAGAAUGAACAGCCAUGAAACGGAGAGCUGUCAGAACGGGAAACCUACCUUGUUUGAGAAAGCAAAUUGCCUACAGGAGGAAGCAUCCUACGGCGAGAUCAAGGAUGGAAGAACCGCAGCGGAGCACGUCUUAAGGGAACCCUGCUGGACGUUCGGUAUCAGGAAGCACUUAUUAGUCGAGGAGGUGCUGCUGCGACCGAAGGAGAGUGCGUUCACUGAAGUGAGGAGGCCUGUAGAGAAAGUCAAAGAGGCAGAACAAGGAAAUAGGAAGGCUGGUUCGGACAAAGCUGCAGUCCGGAGUUCCCCUGGCAGUGCAUUCUCCGUUGUGUGGCCCAAUAGCAUUGCUGGGGAACCCAAAAGUGCUUUCAGCAAACCAGCCAAGUGCCGGGAAGAUGGAGGGGCUCCAGCUGCUUUUCGACCUCUGAAGGGUAUCAAGGAAGGAAGCCCAAGGAAGUUGCCGGAAUGCCUCGGUGCCACUGACCUCAUACCGUACAGUGGCCGCCUCGCUUCUGGGUUCCUGGUAAGUGAUUCAGACGGUUUCCAGCUGCUGUCGACCAACCCCAUCCGGGGCAACCCCUUCUCUUUCUCUUCGGCCCCGUGGCCAAAGGAAGCAGGCGAGCGAACGCCGGCCACCCCUGCUUCCUCUGCCUCUUGGGCUCUGCUGCCUUCCACUCUCGCCCCUCUCGGUGUGGCAGCCCAGAACUGGUGUGCCAAGUGCAGCCUUUCCUUCCACAUGACAGCAGACCUUGUGCUGCACAUGCGUUCCCAUCACAAAAAGGUAGAAGUCUCGACAGAACCCCAGAGGAAAAGGAGACGGGAGGAAAAGCUGUCCUGCCCUGUUUGCCAGGAAUAUUUUCGAGAAAGGCAUCACUUAUCUCGGCACAUGACUUCUCACAACUAG